AUGACUUCACUGGUGUCAAGCAGCAUUUCCUUACCAACACAGCCAGCCACUCUGCCGACGGCGAAGAGGUCGAAGACAACAGCGAUAGGUGAGACCUGUCGCGCGACAUCUAUGCGCAAGGUAAUCCUGGGGCAGCGCGACCGGAUAGUGACGAUAGGCCGCAGCAGCGCGUGCACGCUGCAAGUGGGGUCACGGACAACGACGAUAUCGCGGUCACACGCGUCAAUCAAGCACUUGGGCACCCGAUUCGAGCUGCACGUCCUGGGCCUGAACGGAGUGCGCAUCAACGGCGUACUGCACUUGAGCGGCUCAAUUGUGGAGCUGCACGACGGUGACAUGCUUAAUUUUGUCGGCGCCAAGUACCAGUUCCAGGAGCCCGAGAAGCCCAAGGAACACGUGGAGGAGCAUGUGGAGGAGCAUGUGGAAGAGCCAGCGGAGGAGUGGUGGCCGGAACCGGUGCGCAAGCGCAAGCACGACAGCCUGAAAAACAUCGCGCUGCCAAGUCUGCCGAGCGAGGGUGAGCUAUAUGAGAACUCGACUGAUACACUGGUGGCUACGUCGGAGAUCGGGAUCGAGCACUUGGGCAAGAGCCGGGCGAUGCCCAAGUUCAUUGACGACCUGCCGCCGUCGUCACCGCCACCUAUGAGCUCGCUGAUGGAUCUGAUCGAGGAUGGUGAGCACAGCGAGGGCAUCGAGUCCGUGCUCCUGCCACACACCAUCGAGCACCCAGUCCCAGUCCGGAUUGAGUCGGGUGAGGAGGUGGCGAAGCCGAGCCCCGUGGCGCCCAAGUCGCACUCUGAGCCCCAGCCGAACCCCCACAACGCAGAGGAUAAGGAAAACAUUCCGCACGACACAAAGCCCCUCAAGGCGCACUCAGCAGGCAAGCGGCGGCAUGGCGGCACCAAGCGCAAGGCCCCGAAGCGAGAUGACGAGAUGAUGAAGUCGCUGCGCGAGCUCCUGGGCGUGGUCGACCCGAGCGAGUGUCUUGCCGACGCCAUUGACAGCGAGACCGAGGACUUCUUGUCGCACAAGCCAGCAGAGCCCCUCAAGACGUCGUCGGGCACAUCGCUGGUCGACCUUAUCGUCUCGACCAUGGUGUUCUCGGCGCGCACGUCGCACACGAUCAGCGACCUGCUCCGCGAUCUCAGCAAGACCGAGCAGGAUGCGGAGUCGAUGCUGUGGCGGCACCACGUGACGUGGACGCUCUUCCACAACAGGUGCUUUGGCCGCGUCGAGCGUCGGGUCAAGGAUGCCUCGGACCGCCGGGCGGAGGACAGAUGGUACUAUGAUGCCCAGAAGGAUGAGUGCCAGGAGCGCAGGGAGAACUUUGGCGGGCUGGUGCGCACGGCCAGACGGUGCACGCUGAGGGAUACCCAGUACUUCUUCAAGCAGGUGCCCAAGCUCCCGUCGUUCCGGUACAAGUGA